UAGUCCCUCAUGACCAUCGCCUGCGUAACCCCCACAUCAUCUCGAGUCCAGGAAGCAAAUAUGUUAGGAAUGGCUUUGUCAAUGUUGGCAUACGGCGCCCAUGCAGCCUUUUUCUCUAAUAUUCUGAGGCACUUUCUACGACCGCUCUCAUCUCGCCUACACGGCAAAUUCUUUGCAUGCACGUGUCUCCUGUUUGUAUUGGCGACUCUCAGUAUAAUCUUGCAACUCGUUUGCGAUGUCAAGAUCUUCUUCGGAGAUAGCGGCGGUCUCAACGUCGGCGGAUUAUUCACAACAUACACUCCAGCGAACAACCUCAGUCUUGCUGUGACGCUGGCUUAUCUCAUUCUUCAUUGGUCUUCCGACGCCAUAUUGCUCUGGAGAUGUAGUGCGAUCUACGAGCAUUCACCUCUGGUCUGGGUACCCUGUAGUGCGAUCCUCGUCGGUCUCAUCGUCACUGGAUCCUACUUUGUGCAUGAUCUCACAGGGUUGGUCAUGACCUGGACGGGCACAUUACCCACGCCAGGCCUGGUCUACAUCGCUGUGACACUCUGUUUCAACGUCCUGCUGCCCACCGUCAUGAUCGCCCGCGUGUUCAGAUUCUCGUGGAACUUACGGGGCAUUUGGAGAACAAGAGACUCUCGAGGGAUUUACUCCUUUGUGAUCAGCACCAUUCUCGAGUCGGCCGCGUUCUAUGCAGCAGUGGCUAUCAUCACGAUCGUCGCCGUCGCCAUCGACACAUCUAUGCAAGCCGCAAUACUGCCCUUGCUCGGACAAAUGCAGGCUAUCCCUUCAUUGCUUCUCACCGCUCGUGCAAUGGAUCGCAGAGAUGUACCGGAGGACCCAAUGAGGCAAACAGCGCUCACAAGCCUGCAGUUCAAUUGUCCAGAUGCCCUAGAGAAAGCCUCUACGCAGCCGGGCCUGGCACCCCGACCAGAGUCUAGAACGAAAAGUCCCUGCUCCCUUGACUCAAUAGUCAUUGUGACUCGACAAUCGACGAUGGAUGACGAGCGUUGCUCUGGUCCAAGCUGCAUGAGCGGAAGCAACAGGUGGAGCCGAGAUGAACCCAUCGAGGUCCAACUGGCUGUUUAUAUACCGGAUAGUCCUGCAAGUUAUUUUGGUGAUGACAAAAGCUCCUCUUCAUCACUCUGCGCGUGGGAGGGACCACAGUGUCCUCCGAUGGCUUUGCUAAGGAGUUGAGCUCGUUAGUAUAUUCUGUACACGACUAGACGGUAACACUUGUUUGUCGCCUGACGGUCCGAAUUAGCUACUUCGUCGAUCUGUUGACCUCUCAGACGAUAGUUUUAAAGGUUUGCGUCGAACGUAUUGUUCGAGCACCUACGUCCCCGGCUUGGCUGGCGGAAUGGGCCGUU